UGAAAGGGCAGACCAGACCAAGUAAAAAAAACAUCACUCUCCUAAGAUUGGUUUUCUAUUCAACUUCAUUUCACAUGCAUCUCAUCUUUCUACAAAACCAAAGUCACCAUCUACAUCACCCUCAAACUACUCUUUGUUAGUUAUUUCAGAUUAACACGCGAGUUUGUGUUCUUGCAUCUUCACACCUUCAUUUUCAAUCCAAGGAGCUUGGGAACUCUUGCUCCUUCUUCUCCCUGGUUCCGGAGGCACCAUUUCUGAAGCCUUCUUUGGUAUAUUGUUUGGCAAUGGGAGGUGCAUUAGGAAAGGGUGAAUCACCCAAGAAUGCUUGGAUACCAGAAACCAAGCUUGAAGCUAAAAUGGUUGAAGCAAUGCAAAAGAGGGAAUCUCAUGGAAGUUCUGUGAAAUCAUUCAACACUAUCAUCUUGAAAUUCCCGAAAAUUGAUGAAAGCUUCGGAAAAUGCAAAGCCAUAUUUAAGCAAUUCGAUGAGGAUUCUAAUGGGGCAAUAGAUCAAGAAGAAUUGAAAAAGUGUUUCAGUAAGCUGGAAAUUUCUUUUACUGAGGAGGAGGUCAAUGAUCUUUUUGAAGCAUGUGAUAUCAAUGAGGAUAUGGGAAUGGAGUUCAGUGAGUUUAUUGUGCUACUCUGCCUUGUGCACCUUCUCAAGGAUGACCGAGCAGCAGUUCAAGCAAAAUCUAGAAUUGGAAUGCCAGAUCUGGAGACCACAUUUGAGACUUUGGUUGAUACAUUUGUAUUCUUAGACAAGAAUAAGGAUGGAUAUGUAAGCAAAAGUGAAAUGGUCCAAGCUAUAAAUGAAACUGUAUCAGGGGAGCGUUCUUCUGGAAGAAUAGCCAUGAAAAGAUUUGAAGAAAUGGAUUGGGAUAAAAAUGGAAUGGUGAACUUUAAGGAGUUUCUUUUCGCAUUCACGCGUUGGGUUGGAAUUGAGGAUGAGGAAGAUGCGGAGGCCUAAGUCAUGUCGUCAGAAUAACUUUGAUUGCCUCUUCUAAUAGCUUGUAGCAUAGCUUUUCAACCACACCAAAAAGGUUUUCCCAGUUUUCCCUUGCAAUAAAGGCCCAAGUUCAUAGACAUUGAAUUUUAUAUGAUUCCUGGUGUAAAUAGUUUUGGAGAACCAAGUGCUACGUUAUAGAUGUAUUCAAAUUUACCUGUUUAAUGCUACCUUAUAAUUGUAUUGGCUUCCUCAAUUUCUGGUACCUGGCUACCUGCUGAAUGUUGUGCCAGGUCCCUCCACAAUCAUGUAGGCCAAUGGGAUCAGAAUUACAUCUUAUUUAGUUGUUUUUAUAUUUGUUAA